GCGGGCAGUUCUCCUGCGCUCGCUCUUGAAUAACCCAAGAUUGCCUGUCGUUCCUCUGCGGAAAACACUGUCGAGGGUCAGAUUGAAACAGCAGAUGCAUAAUCUCUUACUGUCGUUAGGCUGAAGAAAAUAGGAAUGAAUCUGUGCCAAGGUGCAGCGCAGGAGGACUUGGUGACUGGGCUGGUAUGUCAGGAGGAUGACCUGAAAGAUGGACAGAUGAAGGAGGUGACUGUGGGGGAUCAGGUGGUGCUGCUUGUCCGUACUCGGGGUCAGUACAGUGCCGUGGGAAGCCGGUGCUCUCAUUACAAUGCUCCUCUGGUCAAAGGAGCACUGGUUGGUGACAGAGUGCGAUGUCCGUUUCAUGGGGCUUGCUUUAAUGUCAAAACCGGAGAUAUUGAAGAGUAUCCAGGUCUAGACUGUCUGCCUAGUUAUAAGGUAAAAGUUGAGGAUGGCAAGGUGUAUGUUUCCAUCAACAAAAAUUCUCUGAAGUCGACAAAGCGGGUAAAGGAGAUGUGCAGCAUGGUGCCUGACGUCAAACACACUAUUCUGCUGAUUGGCGGAGGCCCUGCGUCCCUGGUGUGUGCUGAAACACUGCGGCAGAACCGCUACCAAGGCCGAAUCAUCAUUGUUACCAAAGACAACCUGCCUCCAUUUGACAAGCCCAAACUGAGUAAGGCUAUGAAUGUGGACAGCAGCGACAUCCUCCUCCGAUCAAGUGACUUCUAUCAACAGUAUGGGAUUGAGGUGUGGACCCAGAAGGAGGUGGUGUCUGUGAACCCGGCUGAUAAGGCGGUGAAGUUGAGUGACGGCACUUUGCAGCAUUACGACCAGCUUCUCAUCUCAACUGGCUCGAGAGCGCGGCCGCUGGACUGUCCUGGUUGGGACCUGAAGGGAGUGAAGUUACUGCAGAGAUAUGAGGACGCCAAAGAGAUUCAUAACUCCGGCCUGGGCCGAAAAGCGGUUGUGAUCGGUGCCUCCUUCAUAGGUAUGGAGGUGGCCUCCUACUUAUCAGACAAAGCUGCCAGCGUGGCCGUGGUUGCCACCUCCAGAUACCCGUAUGAGCGAUCUCUGGGGCCAGAGAUCGGCAAAAUGAGUAUGCAAAUGUUGGAGGAACAAAAUGUAAAGUUCUACAUGAACGACGGAGUCACUGAGAUCCAAGGGGAGAACGGCAAGGUGAAGGGGGUGCUGCUGAAGAGUGGUAAAGUCCUGGAGGCUGAUGUGGUGAUUGCUGGAAUUGGUGUAAUCCCCAACUCAGACUUCUUGGCAGGAAGCAAGUUGGAAGUGGAUUCAAGGAAAGCGGUUAUUGUUGACAAGUUCAUGAGGACAAAUAUUCCAGAUAUUUUUAGCGCUGGAGAUGUUACCUCUUUCCCUCUGACCCUCCGUGGAGACCAAAGGGUCAACGUUGGUCACUGGCAAAUGUCACAAGCUCAAGGAAGAGUAGCUGCCCUAAACAUGCUGAAGAAACAAACCAAAUGUGAGUCUGUUCCUUUCUUCUGGACUGUGUUACUUGGGAAAAGUAUCCGAUACACAGGCUAUGGAGAAGGAUACACAGAAAUCAUAUUCAAAGGGGAAGUGGAAGAGAGGAAGUUCCUGGCGUUUUAUAUAAAAGACGAGGCGGUGGUAGCUGCGGCCAGCCUGAUGUUCGACCCCGCUGUGGCUCGUCUUGCAGAGCUGAUGGCGACUGGCCAGAUCUUCACAAAGACGCAGGCUCAAGCUGAUGACCUGAGCUGGCUGCAGAUGUAACCAGAGGCCCGCUGUCUCCAGGAGCGACGCCUCUCGGUGACAAAGGAUGUCGCCUUUCUUUCUUGUUCCUCUCUCCAUGAAACGGUGCCAAAGAGGAUUGCUCUAUUUGUUGCCCCGGGGCGUCUGAAAGCCAAUCAGAUCUCUGCUCUCACUCAGCUCUGUUACCAUAGCAGCAAGCAAAGCUUUUUGUACUUAUUAAUUAUUGCGCAAUGCGAAUAAUCUGAUUUCUGUGUAACGAGCUCGCAUUGUCUGGAUAAGUUUUAACUACAGCUGCGCACCCAAUUGAGUAGUUUUUUUUGUAGUAUAAUAAUGGUAAUAUUAAAAUAGUUAUAUUUACUAUUUAAUCCACUUAAAACAUUCUGAAAACCCACACAGCAAUCCACUUGUCUUCGUUACAAUAUAUUUAUAAGUAACCUUUUAAAAAUCUAAAAUACAAAGGUCAGUUAAAAUACUGCACUCAACAAAUGUCUUUUUAUUUAUUUUUUACGUUUAUUGUCAAUACCUGUGUAGUUGUCGCUUCAAUGCUUGAAUCAAUCAUACAUGUUUAUAGCAGGAUGUAGCUUAUUUAGUUUUGUCAUAUCGUUUGAAAUCAAAUCUACUUGAAGAAAAUAAAAGCACUUUAUGUGAUCUUACCUUUCACGUACUUACAAAUAAAGUCUGGAUGAUUUGUGGUACAUAACUAAAGCUCAGGUAUUUAAAUAAAUGUGUUAAUCUGUCCGUAUCAUCCUUACUGUUGUCAGUCUGUGGGUGCAGUAUGAAGGUGUUUUCUUUAAGUUGUUUGUUACACUGACCACAAUAAAUCAUCACUCAACCUUU